GCGUUGUGACAAGUGAACAAUCAAUUGCUAUUUAAAUAAAUUUGUAUUCAAAUACUCAGUUGCAUCAGAGAAUCGCAAUGAAAUUGUCUCAUUUAAGUGUAAGUUUGCUUUGUUUUGCGGUUGCAACUCUGCCACAGAUUAGACCUGUGUCUAGUGCCAAAAUACUCGCUGUCUAUGCGUUUCCAGGCAAAAGUCACUAUAUGAUGCACACGGCUUUGAUAAGAGAACUCAUCGAGAAUGGACAUCAAGUGACAAUGAUUGCUGCAUUUUCCCUCGAAUCGCAGAAAUUGGGAAGCAACUAUACGGAAUUGCUUAUAGAACCAGUCUACGAUUUUUGGCAUGAUGUGAAACUGGCAUUUGGCGUACAGCAUCUGUUUGAUCUGACGCGCAUGAAGAACCACGAUUUUCUGAAAAUGCUGGAAAUUAUCGGACUGAAGACAACGGAACAUGCUCUACGUCAGCCGAAGGUGCAGUCGCUAAUCCAUGCCAAUCAGACGGAGGGUGUAUUCGAUCUGCUGCUGGCCGAACAGUUCUAUCAGGAGGCCUUCUUGGCCUUGGCUUAUAAGUACAAUAUACCCAUUGUUAGCACCAGCACAUUGGGCUAUGAGAAUCAUAUGAGUCAAAUGAUGGGCCUGAUAACACCCUGGUCCUUUGUGCCACAUGGUUUUAUGCCCUUCACCGAUCGCAUGUCGUUCUGGGAACGGUUGAGCAACAGUUACGAAUCGCUCUAUGAGGACAUGGAUCGCUUGUGGAAUUAUUUUCCCAAAAUGGACGCGAUAACGGAACAGUAUUUUGGCAAUGUGCUGGCCGAGGUGCCAAAGGUCAAGUUCAUGGAAACGCAAAUCUCGGUAAUGCUGUUGAACAGUCACGCACCACUGACAACGUCACGUCCCACGGUGGAUUCAAUGGUCCCGGUGGGUGGCAUGCAUAUCUAUCCACCCAAGCAGCUGCCUCACGACAUGCAAAGUUUCCUCGACGGGGCAACAGAUGGCGCCAUCUUCUUUAGCCUGGGCAGCAAUGUGCAGAGCAAGGAAAUGCCACAAGAAAUGCUGCGCCUAUUCCUUAAGGUCUUUGGCUCCCUUAAACAGCGAGUGCUGUGGAAAUUCGAGGACGAAUCAAUUGGAAAAUUGCCAGAGAAUAUCAUGAUUCGCAAGUGGUUGCCACAGGCGGAUAUUUUGGCACAUCCCAAUGUCAAAGUCUUUAUUACACACGGCGGACUUUUUGGCACUCAGGAGGGUGUACACUAUGCGGUGCCCAUGCUGGGCAUACCCUUCUACUGUGAUCAGCAUCUCAAUAUGAACAAGGCUGUUCUGGGUGGUUAUGCCAUCAGCUUGCACUUCCAGUCGAUCACUGAGGAACUGUUGACCCACUCACUGCUCCAGUUGAUCCACAAUGUCAGCUAUAAGGACAAUAUUACGCGCGUCUCACGCAUCUUUCGCGAUCGUCCGCUAGAGCCACGCAAAAACGCCCUCUAUUGGAUAGAGUAUGUCAUACGUCACAAGGGUGCUCCGCAUAUGAAAUCCGCUGGCUUGGAACUCACUUGGUAUCAGUUCUAUCUGCUGGAUGUCAUUGCUUUUGUUAUCGUUAUCGCUUUGGGCGGUUUUCUUCUUCUUAUGCUCGCAAUUCGUUUGCUCAGAGGCAGCGGCAAAAAGCAGCGAAAAGCCAAAUCUAAUUAAUAAUAAGUAUUAAGUUUUCAAAUUUCUUUAUAAAUA